AUGGGAGAGUUCGCGCAGCUGGACAAGUUCCUGACGCAGGAGAAGUCUAGCUCUUCAUCGUCCAGCAGUAUUCUGCCGACUCCUGUCUCGCCUGCCUGGUACGACCCAGAGGCCAAAUCCUGGUAUGGCCAGCAGGACAUCGUGGGCCUCUCCCGAAAGGACAAGCAGAGCCUUGUUCCUUGCACGCUGCUUUGCCAGUAUGCCCCCACCGGCCGUUCUCGAUGCCGCCGCUGUGGGGAGGACAUCGAGAAGGGCGCGCUGAGACUGGGCUACCCGUUCCGAUGGCGGCAGGCCGAAGAUGCAUACACGCUUUACCUCCACCCAGAGUGCUAUGAGUCGUCGGUCUUUGGCAUCAAGGAGAAGGAGUUGCGCAGUAAAAUCUUCGGGUAUGAGGCGUUGAACAACACCGAGCGCCAGCGCCUAUGGAAGGCCAUGCGCUCAGAAGGUCGCUCUGCCAAGGCCAGCCGCGAAGGUGCAGAAGCCGCAGCAGAGUACUCCAGUGGCUCAGUCGGCAUCGUGACAAAGAACUUGCCUGAAGUAGCUGUUCCGAAGGACCUGGCCGUUCCCAUGCUGCCUUUCCAGAAAGAAGGUCUGGCAUGGAUGUGCCACCAGGAGGACUCCGAUGUGCGAGGCGGCAUUCUGGCAGAUGAAAUGGGCAUGGGCAAGACGAUCCAGGCUAUCAGCUUGUUGCUGGCUCGCCCGUUGAAGGGGCCGUGUCUUGUGGUGUGCCCCAUGGCUGCGGUCCAGCAGUGGGUGAAAGAGAUUGCAAAAUUCACCAAGAAAGGCACACUGCGGACCCUUGUCUACCACGGAUCGGAGAAGGGCAAAGUCGCCACGCAGUUCAAAAAGUGUGAUGUUGUGAUCACAACGUAUCAGACUCUCGAGUCGGAUUACCGUCGUGAAGCCCACAAGCAUCGGGUGAAAUGCAAGUAUUGUGGCAAGCUCUUCAUGCCCGAGAAGCUGGCCGUACAUCAGCGGUACUUCUGCGGGCCCAAUGCGGAGAAGACCAAGAAGCAGCAGAAGACUGCAGCCAAGAAAGCUAUGCAAAGCAUGGGCAUUGGGAACUCUUCUUCUUCAAAGGAGGCUCCACCGACGAUCACGAACAUCUAUCGCGACUUCAUGAAGCAGGCUGGGGUGGAUGUCAAAGCCAAAGGCUACUGGAAUGUCAUGAAAGAGACUCGAGACAGGUUGCAGGAGAAAUCGUCCUCGUCCUCGUCCAAGGCCAAGUCGAGCGAUGAUGGCCUCAGUCGUGAACGACUCACUCUCCUUGACAAGAAGGAGUUGACCGACCUGUGCGUGAAGAAAGGCCUGGAUUCCGCGGGCCGCAAGCCCGAGCUCGUGGAUCGUCUCAUGGACUUCGCGGUCACCGGCAUGGCGGAGGCUCCUGCCAAGAAGGCCUGGAGGACGGCUGUGCCCGUGCCAACGCUUCGCUCUGUUUCUACAUAUCCAUCUACCUACCUACCUACCUACCUACCUACCUACCUAUCUACCUAUCUACCUAUCUAUCUAUCUAUCUAUCUAUCUAUCUAUGUAUCUAUCUGUCUGUCUAUCUAUCUGUCUAUCUACCUAUUUAUGUGUAUGCGUAUAAAUAGAAAACACAUACAUAUACACAUACACAUACAUGUUAACAAAGACACAGAUAAACAAACUGCCGAAUCAACGAAUAAGUUUAAACACUAUAAUUCAAUGAGAACUUACUUGCCAGUGAUAAUCUUUACAAGGACCACGAUGACCGGGAUUGGAGUUUGGGGUUUAGGGCUUGGGAUAUGGGGUGUAGGGGCUAAGGCUUAG